CCAGCCCCGCCAGCCCGCUACCUCCGCCAGCAGUGCCACCAUCAGCACCACCUCCGCCGCCAGCAGCCAUUUCAUCUCCGCACCAGCCAGACACAAAAACAGAAAUGGCAGAAAUGGAGAAAGAGGGGCGACCCCCGGAAAACAAGCGCAGCAGGAAGCCGGCGCACCCCGUCAAGCGGGAGAUCAACGAGGAGAUGAAGAACUUUGCAGAAAACACCAUGAAUGAACUCCUUGGCUGGUAUGGCUAUGAUAAGGUUGAACUGAAAGAUGGUGAAGAUAUUGAAUUCAGGAGCUACCCUACAGAUGGAGAGAGCAGGCAGCACAUUUCUGUUCUCAAAGAAAAUUCUUUGCCCAAACCAAAAUUACCCGAGGACAGUGUUAUUUCACCCUACAAUAUAAGCACAGGCUAUUCAGGGCUUGCCACAGGAAAUGGACUCAGUGACUCAACAGCAGGGUCAAAGGAUCAUGGCAAUGUGCCUAUUAUUGUACCUUUAAUUCCGCCACCUUUUAUAAAGCCACCAGCAGAAGAUGAUGUGUCAAAUGUUCAAAUAAUGUGUGCCUGGUGCCAGAAAGUGGGAAUCAAGCGCUAUUCCCUGAGUAUGGGAAGCGAGGUGAAAAGCUUCUGCAGCGAGAAGUGCUUUGCAGCCUGCCGACGAGCCUACUUCAAGAGAAAUAAGGCUAGAGAUGAAGAUGGACAUGCUGAAAAUUUUCCCCAGCAGCACUAUGCUAAGGAAACUCCAAGGCUUGCCUUCAAGAAUAACUGCGAACUACUUGUAUGUGACUGGUGUAAGCACAUAAGACACACAAAAGAAUACCUGGAUUUUGGGGACGGGGAAAGAAGGCUUCAGUUCUGCAGUGCAAAAUGUCUCAAUCAAUACAAAAUGGACAUUUUCUACAAAGAAACACAGGCCAAUCUUCCAGCUGGGCUGUGCAGCUCAUUACACCCUCCCCUGGAAAAUAAAGCAGAAGGCGCCGGGGUGCAGCUGCUCACCCCAGACUCUUGGAAUAUCCCCCUAGCAGAUGCUCGGAGAAAGGCUCCCUCCCCGGUGGCUGCAGCUGGCCAAAGCCAGGGCCCUGGCCCGUCUGCGUCCACCACCGUCUCUCCAUCUGAUACUGCCAACUGCUCUGUCACUAAAAUCCCCACGCCAGUGCCCAAGUCCAUGUCCAUAGGCGAGACUCCAAACAUCCCUCCGGUCUCCGUCCAGCCACCUGCCAGCAUCGGGCCCCCUCUCGGCGUCCCGCCGCGCAGUCCGCCCAUGGUGAUGACCAACCGCGGCCCCGUGCCACUGCCCAUCUUCAUGGAACAGCAGAUCAUGCAGCAGAUCCGCCCGCCCUUCAUUCGGGGGCCGCCGCACCAUGCCUCCAAUCCCAACAGCCCCCUCUCCAACCCCAUGAUCCCCGGCAUCGGGCCUCCGCCGGGGGCGCCCAGGAACCUGGGCCCCACGUCCAGCCCCAUGCAUCGGCCUCUGUUGUCACCCCACAUCCACCCUCCCAGCACCCCGACCCUGCCUGGCAACCCGCCGGGCCUGCUGCCCCCGCCGCCGCCUCCGGGCGCCCCACUGCCCAGUCUCCCCUUCCCGCCCGUGAGCAUGAUGCCCAACGGCCCGAUGCCGGUCCCCCAGAUGAUGAAUUUCGGGCUGCCCUCGCUCGCCCCGCUGGUGCCGCCGCCCACCUUGCUCGUGCCAUAUCCUGUGAUCGUGCCCCUGCCCGUGCCCAUCCCCAUCCCCAUCCCCAUCCCCCACGUCAAUGACUCCAAGCCCCCCAAUGGCUUCUCCAGCAACGGGGAAAACUUCAUUCCGAGCGCCCCUGGGGACGCCUCGGCGGCGGCGGCGGCGGCGGCAGCCACGGGGGGCAAGACGGGUGGACACUCGGUGUCCGCCCGGGACUCCAGGCAGGGCUCGUCCAAGUCCUCGGACUCCUCGCCCGGCAGCUCGGGCCAGACCCUGAGCCUGGCGGCCGCCCCGACGGCUGAGGCCGGGCCCGGGCGCGGCGGCGGCGGCGGCGGCGAGGUGGUGGACCUGACGCGGCGUGCCGGCAGUCCCCCGAGCUCGGGCGGCCAGGCCGCCUUCCCCGGCGUGCUGCAGGGCCCGCAGGACGGGGUCAUCGACCUGACGCUGGGCCACCGCGCGCGGCUGCACAACGUGAUCCACCGCGCGCUGCACGCGCACGUCAAGGCGGAGCGCGAGCCGGGCGCCGCGGAGCGCAGGACCUGCGGCGGCUGCCGGGACGGCCACUGCAGCCCCCCUGCCGCCGGAGACCCCGGCCCCGGCGCGCCCGCUGGCCCCGAGGCCGCGGCCGCCUGCAACGUCAUCGUGAACGGCCUGCGGGGCGCCGCCGCCGAGGGUGCCAAGAGCUCCGAGCCGCCCCCGGAGCAGCCGCCGCCGCCCCCGGCGCCCCCCAAGAAGCUCCUGUCCCCCGACGAGCCGGCCGUGAGCGAGCUGGAGUCCGUCAAGGAGAACAACUGUGCUUCCAACUGCCACCUGGAUGGGGAGGUGGCCAAGAAGCUGCUGGGGGACGAGGCGCUGGCGGGCGGCGACAAGUCGGACCCCAACCUCAAUAACCCCGCGGACGAGGACCACGCGUACGCUCUGCGCAUGCUGCCCAAGGCGGGCUGCGUGAUCCAGCCUGUGCCAAAGCCGGCCGAGAAGACGGCCAUGGCGCCCUGCAUCCUCCCCUCGCCCAUCCUAAGCGCAGGCCCUGAGGACCUGGAGCCUCCGCUCAAAAGGAGGUGUCUCCGGAUUAGAAAUCAGAAUAAGUAAAAAAAAUAAAACAAAAGAGAGAGAGAGAAAGAAAGGUUUGUAUGGCCACCCAGCACCCCUCUCUACAGCCAGUCCGCAGGCCUCUCUCU